GCGACGGCGCCUGUGGCUCUGAGUGGCGCGUUUGCGGCCUAGUUUCCUUUGCCGGGUCGAGAAGAGUGGAGGCUGUCGGGCCUGUUGUCUUCGGGCGCUGCUUUCGAAAAGAGAAGGUAAUCUCAGAAAAACAGAUGGUAAGGUAAUGAGAAGAUAUGAGGAGAUAAUCUCAGAAAGACAGGUGGUUCUUUUUAAAAUGUCUUUUCCACCUCACUUAAACCGUCCUCCGAUGGGAAUCCCAACCCUUCCACCUGGAAUUCCACCUCCACAGUUCCCAGGUUUUCCUCCACCUGUACCUCCUGGGACUCCAAUGAUUCCUGUACCAAUGGGUAUUAUGGCUCCUGCACCAACAGUAUUGGUUCCAGCUGCAGUGUCGAUGGUUGGGAAACACAUGGGUGUUAGAAAGGAACAUCCAGGUCUAAAGAACAAAGAAAAUGAUGAAAACAGUGGUCCCACCACCACUGUCUUUGUAGGCAACAUAUCUGAAAAGGCAUCAGAUAUGCUUAUACGACAACUUCUUGCUCUUUUGGCUUUUGUGAAUAUAAAGAGCCCGAAUCCACACUACGUGCACUGAGAUUACUACAUGAUCUCCAGAUUGGAGAAAAGAAGCUACUUGUUAAAGUUGAUGCCAAAACAAAGGCUCAGCUGGAUGAAUGGAAAGCAAAAAAGAGGGCAUCCAAUGGGAACUCCAGGCCAGAAUCUGCAGCCGAUGAUGAUGAAGCCCUGGAUGAAGAAGCAAAGAGAAGAGACCAGCUAAUUAAAGGGGCAAUUGAAGUGUUAAUUCGGGAAUAUUCCAGCGAGCUCAAUGCUCCCUCUCAAGAGUCUGAUUCUCAUCCCAGGAAGAAGAAAAAGGAAAAGAAGGAGGACAUUUUCCGCAGAUUUCCAGUGGCCCCACUGAUACCUUAUCCACUCAUCACCAAGGAGGAUAUAAAUGCUAUAGAAAUGGAAGAAGAUAAAAGGGACCUGAUAUCACGAGAGAUUAGUAAAUUCAGAGAUACACACAAGAAAUUGGAGGAGGAAAAAGGCAAAAAAGAGAAAGAAAGACAAGAAAUUGAAAAAGAACGGCGUGAAAGAGAGAGGGAACGCGAACGUGAAAGAGAAAGAAGGGAGCGUGAAAGAGAGAGAGAGAGGGAACGUGAACGAGAAAAGGAGAAGGAACGGGAGCGGGAACGGGAUAGAGAUCGGGAUCGCACUAAAGACAGAGACCGGGACAGGGAAAGAGAUCGAGACAGAGACCGUGAAAGAAGCUCAGACCGGAAUAAAGAUCGGAGCAGAUCUAGAGAGAAAAGCAGAGACAGAGAGAGAGAACGGGAAAGAGAACGGGAGAGGGAACGGGAGAGAGAGCGGGAGAGGGAAAGAGAACGGGAGCGGGAACGAGAAAAGGACAAGAAAAGAGAUAGAGAAGAAGAUGAAGAAGAUGCUUACGAACGGCGCAAACUGGAAAGGAAACUACGGGAAAAGGAAGCAGCUUAUCAAGAGCGUCUUAAAAACUGGGAAAUCAGAGAACGGAAGAAAGCUAGAGAAUAUGAAAAAGAAGCUGAGAGGGAAGAAGAAAGAAGGCGGGAGAUGGUAAGAGAUUUAUUACAUUGCCACUUGGGAUUGGGUGAAUUUGUAAAUCAAAAUGAAUGUGCUGUUUAUUUCAGGGGAAGUGCUCUGCAGAAGCGAUUGCGAGACAGGGAAAAGGAAAUGGAAGCAGAUGAACGGGAUCGAAAGAGAGAAAAGGAAGAAUUAGAAGAAAUCAGACAACGUCUUCUUGCAGAAGGACAUCCAGAUCCAGAUGCAGAAUUACAAAGGAUGGAACAAGAAGCUGAAAGACGUCGGCAGCCACAAACCAAACAGGAACCAGAAUCUGAGGAGGAGGAGGAGGAAAAGCAAGAAAAGGAGGAGAAGCGGGAAGAACCUGAAGAAGAGGAGGAGGAGCCAGAACAAAAACCCUGCCUUAAGCCAACACUGCGACCCAUCAGUUCAGCUCCAUCUGUUUCAUCAGCAAGUGGCAACGCAACUCCCAAUACUCCUGGGGACGAAUCUCCCUGUGGCAUCAUCAUCCCACAUGAAAACUCUCCUGAUCAGCAGCAGCCAGAAGAAUACAGGGCAAAAAUAGCACUGAGUCUCAAAUUGGGUGCCUGCAACAGUCCCAACCAGCCUAAUGCUGUGAAAAGAAAAAAACUCACCGUUGACAGUGUCUUCAAUAAAUUUGAAGAUGAAGACAGUGAUGACAUGCCCCGAAAAAGGAAACUGGUGCCUCUAGAUUAUGGCGAUGAAGACAAAGGUUCCUCCAAAGGCAGCGUAAACACUGAAGAGAAGCGCAAACACAUUAAGAGUUUGAUUGAGAAAAUUCCUACAGCCAAACCAGAGCUAUUUGCUUAUCCUCUUGACUGGUCUAUUGUGGAUUCAACAUUAAUGGAAAGGCGAAUUAGACCAUGGAUCAACAAGAAAAUAAUAGAAUAUAUUGGUGAAGAAGAAGCUACAUUAGUUGAUUUUGUUUGCUCAAAGGUUAUGGCUCAUAGUUCACCACAAAGCAUCCUGGAUGAUGUUGCUAUGGUGCUAGAUGAAGAAGCAGAAGUUUUUAUAGUCAAAAUGUGGAGGUUAUUAAUAUAUGAAACAGAAGCCAAAAAGAUUGGUCUGGUAAAAUAAACUUAUUUUAUGGUUCCAUUUCAAUUUUUGUUUCACAUCACUGAAGAACUUUGAAGUUUCUCUGUGCUCAGAGACAUUUGUGAGACCUGUAUUUUUUAAAUGUAGAAAAUGUGAAUUUUUUUCAUCCUCUGUUUCAUUGAGGCCAUCUUUGUUCCAUUUCUCUGCUUCCUUGAUUGUAAUUCUCCAAAUUCUACAUUGGUGGUUUUCACGCACCAGAUAAAGUAACAGGUAUGAUUUAUAAACUGCAGUUGCUGUAUACAGUCUCUGACCUUCAUCUUCUAGACGGCUUCUUGUAAAUAUUGAAGACACUCAUGUUUUAGGAAACAUCUCCACUUACUACAUAUGGAAAUAAUUGAACUUUAUGUAAAUGCACCAGUCUUUCCCUCCAUUUUUAAAAUAGAAUAAACUUAAAAAUUCCAAAAAUGGAUGGGGAAUCAUUUUGCUGGAAGACAAUUUUCACCUGCAUGGAUGUGAACUUGUUCACUUGUUGGGCUUUGUAAUAUUUUAGAUGGCCUGUCCUGUAGAAAAAACAAAUGGUGGACUUGCAUAAACUCAGGACUUUCAUUUUAACUAUAUCACAAGGUCUCACACUUAGUUUUCUUGUUGUCAUUGUUUUAAUUAGGACAAAUACCACACAGUUAUAAUUACUUUUAGCCCUUCUAAUAAAAACAUGACAUCUUAAUUUUUAUUAUUAAAACUGGAAAUAGGCCAGUUUGGGAUAUUUGUGGAAAGCAAUGGUAUAAAGGUGUAAUUUGAGCAGAACAAUUUACAAUGUUAGUUCAUAAUGUGUUCAAAGAUGAAAAAACUGUUUUACCUAAGCCAUCAAGUCAGCUGUGACUUCAUUCUUUUUUGUAUUGUAAAAUGUCUGUCAGAUUUGUAGAGGGCACCAUUUCCUGCCAUCUUACUCUAUGGGUUUUAUACAUAUGCUGAUGUGGUAUAAAUAACAAUGUACUGUAAACUGCAUUUUUAAAAAUCUCACAAGUAAAAAAGACUGUAUGCCAUAGGCUUCUUGAUUGCAGGACAAACACUUUCCAGGAAGCAACAAUUUGUCUUUUUAAAAAACCAUUCUUCUGAUAUCUCUUUACCCUGAAGAAAUACAGAUCACUUACUCAGAAGGUAUAACUGUGAUCCCAUGUUACUGAAUUCUUGCUUCUGAAAACUUGUUCUUAAUGGGAUCCUAUAAAAGUUUCAUGUAAAUAUUUCCAAUAUUAAAAAUGUAUAUAUUUGAUCUGGA